CCCAAACUCAGCGUUUAAUGUGAUAAAGAGGUGUGCAGAAGGGGCGACAGGAUGGGGAUCUUGGAGAAGAUAUCGGAGAUUGAGAAGGAAAUCGCGCGGACGCAGAAAAACAAAGCCACUGAGUAUCAUCUGGGUCUGCUGAAGGCGAAAUUGGCCAAGUAUCGAUCGCAGUUGCUGGAGCCGACGAAGAAGGGCGAGAAGGGUGAGGGAUUCGAUGUGCUGAAGUCCGGAGAUGCUCGAGUGGCACUCAUUGGAUUCCCUUCGGUGGGCAAAUCCACCCUCUUGUCCACCCUGACGAGCACACAGAGCGAGACGGCCAGCUACGAGUUCACCACGCUCACGUGCAUUCCCGGCGUGAUUGACUACCGCGGCGCCAACAUUCAGCUGCUGGAUCUGCCGGGAAUCAUCGAGGGCGCCGCCCAGGGAAAGGGCCGCGGGCGGCAGGUGAUUGCGGUGGCGCGCACGGCGGACUUGGUGCUGAUGAUGCUGGACGCCACGAAGCCCAACGUCCAUCGGGACUUGCUGGAGCGCGAGCUGGAGUCUGUGGGCAUUCGACUGAACAAGAGACGCCCCAACAUUUACUUCAAGCAGAAGAAGGGCGGCGGACUGAGCUUCAACUCCACCUGCACCAUGUCGCGGUGCAACGAGAAGAUGGUGCAGACGAUUCUGCACUCCUUCAAGAUCUUCAACGCCGAGGUGCUGUUCCGCGAGGACGCCACGGAGGACGAGUUCAUCGACGUGGUGACGGCCAAUCGCGUGUACUUGCCUUGUCUCUACGUGUACAACAAGAUCGACCAGAUCUCCAUGGAGGAGGUGGACAGACUGGCCAGGCAGCCCUUCAGCGUUGUCGUCAGCUGCAACAUGAAGCUCAACCUGGACUACUUGCUGGAGUUCCUCUGGGAUCAGCUUCAGCUGAUCCGCGUGUACACGAAGAAGCCCGGACAACCGCCGGACUUCGAUGACGGCCUCAUUCUGCGGAAGGGCGUCACAGUUGAGCACGUCUGUCACGCGAUCCAUCGUUCUCUGGCCAGUCAAUUCAAGUACGCUCUCGUGUGGGGAACGUCCACGAAGUACUCGCCUCAGAGGGUGGGAAUCAGCCACGUGAUGCACGAUGAGGAUGUUAUUCAGAUUGUUAAGAAGUAAGACUCGCUCGCGUCUUGAAUCCAAGAUAAAAAGAAAAAAAGAAUGAAGAGAGAAACACAAUUGAGUGUGACUUUGUCCUCGAAUUCCUCAACAAAUGCGCUUUUAU